AUGUCAGCAGGUAUACCAGUCCGACUCCUCAAUGAAGCCCAAGGUCAUAUAAUAUCCAUAGAAUUAACCACGGGAGACACAUAUCGAGGCAAACUUCUCGAAAAUGAAGAUAAUAUGAAUCUAUCAUUAUAUGAUGUCGUUAUAACUAAGGGAAGAACUGGCGAAACUUCAUAUAUGAAUCAAGUAUUUGUCAGAGGAUCAAUGAUUAGAUUUAUUAGUGUGCCUGAUAUUUUAAAGAAUGCGCCUAUGUUUUUUAUGAAACCGGGUGAUAAACCAAAACCACCAAUUAGGGGCCCUCCUCCAAAACGAUCAAGGCAGUACUAG